GCGAUCCGUGAGAAUGACAUGAUGCUUCUGGACAUGGGAGCUGAGUACCACGGCUACGUUUCGGAUAUUACGCGCAGCUACCCCGCCAAUGGCAAGUUCUCGCCCAACCAGCGUUUCAUCUACGAGACUGUCCGGCAGGCGCAGAAGGCUGUGAUGGAUGCGAUGCGUCCUGGCGUCAAAUGGACGGACAUGCAUCUGCUGGCUGAGCGAACCAUCCUCGAGCAGUUGAAGGCCGGUGGCCUGCUGCAGGGCUCUGUUGAUGAGAUGAUUGAGGCUUGCCUCGGCUACGUGUUUAUGCCGCAUGGCCUUGGUCACCAGAUGGGCUUGGAUACUCACGAUGUUGGUGGCUACCGCGACGCGUCGGAGCGCAGCGAGCGUCCUGGCCUCCGCAAUCUCCGCACCAACCGCGUGCUGGCCGAGGGCAUGGUCCUGACUGUCGAGCCCGGCGUGUAUUUUGUCGAGCACCUGCUCAAGAAGGCCUUUGCCGACCCUGCUCAGUCCAAGUUCCUCGUCAAGAGCAAGCUGGAUGAGUUCCGCGGCUUUGGAGGCGUCCGUCUCGAAGACGACGUCCUUGUCACCGCAACGGGCUACGAAAACCUGACGACUGUUCCUGUCACGAUCGAGGAGGUGGAGGCCAUCAUGGCUGCUGGUGCCAAGAGCCGGUCUGCAUGA